AGUCUCCUUCUCCAUCUCGACGUUUUGUGGUCUCGACAGGAAUAACUUUUGCGAAGAUGCCGCACAAACACACACGGCGUGACCAGGACGAGUCUGCCUUCGACUUACCACCGACGCAAUUCGCGAGGCCGCUCCCAGUCAAAUCGAAUCGGCAGACACAAAACGAUGGCAAGGGCAACAAAUCGCAAAAGGGAAAGCCGGUGACGAAAGGAAAGGAUAGCUCAGCGACCACGCCGAAGCCCGCCAAAGAUGAUCAGCAAAAGCGGAAGAGAAAGGCGAAGGGGUUCGACGAUGCGCCACGUGCCUUCAAGAGGCUGAUGGCCGUCGCGGGCGGCAAGAAGAUCCGCUCGGGACUAGACAACGGCGAAGAGCCCCCGAGCAACAAGAAGAAGCAGAAGAACAAGUCACAGGCGCAGGACGCUUCGCCCGCGAAGGUCGAGACCACGACGUCGCAGGGGCCAGAGAUCCCCACAAUCCGGCCUGGCGAGAAGAUGUCCGAGUUUGCGGCGCGAGUAGAUGCUGCACUCCCAGUGACUGGCCUGAUCACGAAGUCUGUCCGGGGCAAAGCGGAUCCUUUGGGCGCGAAAAAGUGGCAGACGAACAAGGAGCGAAAGAUGCACAAGCUGUACGACGAGUGGCGCGAGGAGGACCGGAAAAUCAAGGAGAAGAAGGAGGAGGAGCUUGAGCUCUUGGACGAAGAAGACCUUGAGGACGAAGAUCGCGCCGCCGCGCGCAAGCUCGAGAUGCAGGCGAGCGCCGGGAGCGGCAAGAGGAAGAAGAAGGGUAAGCGCUCGAAGUAUCUGGGCGAGGUUAGUGAUCCCGAGGAUGACCCCUGGGAAGCGCUGCGGAAGAAGAGGGGUGAGAAACGGCCUGGGCUUCACGAUGUGGCACAAGCCCCUCCUGAGCUGAACAAGAAGCUGCCCAAAAAGCUGCUGGUCAGGGGCGCUGCGGUCGAGGUUGACGGCGUGCCCAAGGCAGCGGGAAGUUUGCGCCGACGAGAGGAGUUGCAGACGGUGCGCGACGACGUUGUUGCACAAUACCGCAAGCUCAUGUCGGAGAAACGAGCCAAGUACGAGAGCGCGGAAUAGUCUGGUCUCGAGGCCAGACGACUUCGGGAGUAGGAUGUUUGCAGAUCCAGCGGCCUAAAGAUGAUACCCAAAUUGACCAGACACGCAUGCUGUGUGCCUGCCGUGUAAAGUUCUGCUG